ACUGAGUAUUUUACUUUUAUCCAUUCGAGAUGAGGUAUUCGCAUUAUUUUAUAAGAAAGGAUAUUUUUUUAAAGAAAUAGAGCAAAGCAUAAAAUCUUUAAUGUUCAACACACAAAAAUGAAUGAUUAGAAUUUUCAGAACAAACUGCAGAGUAAACUGACGAACAAAGAUUAAAAAACGAAGAAACGGCGCGAAUUUCUAAACAAUAAAAUCUUACAUAGCCUAACCUUAAUUUGUAUAAUUAUCAACGACUGUUUAGUUGGUUUAUUCGUUUAUUUUAAACAUGACUAUUAUUCAUGAACCUUUACGAUACGCUCAUGAAGAAGGACACACGGAUGUAUGUUAUGCCCAUGACGGAGAAUCUUUUGUAACAUGUGGGGCUGAUGGCGACAUUAGAAUCUGGUCUAUCCAUAAUAGCGAUGAUCCACAUCAUGUUUGUAUUGGUGAAUGGGCGCUUAGUGUUUGUCAGAAAGAAGAUAAGUGGUAUGUUGCAACCAGCAACAAUGAUAUUCAAAUUCUUUCGCAUCCUGAAGGAAGUCGGGAAGGUGUUUUAGAUCGGUACACUGCACCCGUUAAUCAAAUUGUAGUUUGUAAAAGUAGGAAUAUUGUGGCAGUCGCUUGUGAGGAUAUGGAGGUGAAAUUACUAAACCUAGAAACAAAAACCAAAAUUGGGAUAUUUACGGAUUUGAGAGGACCUUGCUUGAGCGUCGCUAUAUGCCCAAAUGGCAAGAAAUUGGCGGCCGCGUCUGGAGAUGGUAAUCUGAGAGUUUGGGAUGUUGAAAGUUCUCAGUUAGUGAAAGAAGUAUCUUGUUUUCCAAAAACAAAUAGCUUUGCAAAUGCAAAAUUAUUAUGUCGGAUUGAUUUUGAUAAAGUCAAUGGUAAAUAUUUAGCAUAUCCACAUGAAACCAAGGUUGUGUUGCUUAAUACCACUGAUUGGUCAGAGCAUUAUUUAAACUGUGAGGAUAUUACUUCUCCGUACUCAAUUGUACAGUUCUCUUCUUGUAAUAAAUAUAUGGUUGCCUCUUCUAUUGAGGGGGAUUUUGUGAUAUGGGAGGUAUUAACUAAACAGAUAAUUAAAAUUAGCAAACAUGAAAAAGGCUUGUCUAUUUGUGGGCUUAUGUGGAAUCCUAAAAACAAUGGAGAAAUUGUCUAUACUGAUGUGGAAGGUCAGUUGGGAAUCAUGUCAAAAUGUUUGUUAAGUGAAGAAAGUACAAUAAGCAAAGUUGUGGAUGAGGAUGGCUUCAUGGAAAAUGAAGUUAACUUUGAAGAUGUGCAGUUUGAAGAUGAUGAAGACAAUGACAAUGUUGUAUCGGUUGAGAAACUUAAACAACAAUAUUUGGGCAGCCCAGAGUCGGAGUUAAAGGAAUUUGAUGAGCGAUCAUCUCGAGUUGCAUCCCCGAGGCCUCGAUCUCCCGAAGUGCCCUUGCAACCGCCAUUCAUGCCGGGAUCCACUCCCGAACAUCUUGAUCCACGGUACUUCUGUUGGAAUGAAGUGGGUAUCGUCAAAAGCUACGGUAACAGUGCUGACGAUGAGCUAGCUUCAAAGUCCAUAGAGGUAGAGUUUCACGAUGUUACAUUUCAUAAUAGUAUGAUGAUGCCAAACUAUCAAGAUUAUACUAUGGGUUGCCUAAGCAAAGGUGCUUUGGUAGUGGCAAAUUCAAGCCAGCUAAUCGUCGUACCCCUACUGGCUAGCACAAAGGAUUGGAUUCUCAAAUUUGAGGAAAAUGAAGAAGUCGUUUUAGUAGCAGCGUCGGAAAAUUUGGUGUGCUGCGCUAUGUCUAAUUAUAUAGUGCGCAUAUGUUCCCUAUAUGGUACACAACGGGCGGUAGUUUCAAUUCCGGGGCCCAUAGUAUCUAUGGCUGCCUUUAAAACUACAUUGUUGGUUGCUUAUCAUUUCGGCGGCAUUAGAAAUAAUGAUCAGUGUAUCAAUAUAAAAUUAAUUACCGUUGAUAAAUCAUCUGUAAUCUCUAAAGAUCUAGGCGCCUCAUUGGGUCCAGAAUCAACUCUUUCAUGGUUGGGUUUUUCUGAUGCCGGCACUCCAGCAAUGGUGGACUCUCUUGGAAUGCUAAACUUAUAUCCUCAAAACUGCAAUGUGUGGAUUCCAUGCUGCGACUUUAUUAAACACCGGAAAAGUCCUGGAGAUGGUUUCUUUGUGACAUCCAUUUUCGAGUCCUACCAAGCGGUCACCGGUAUUAAGUGCAAAGGCAGCAUGUAUCCGGUAUUUAUUCCUAGACCGACAGUCUGCGAGCUUCCUUUGGAACCACCAUUUGUUGAGCCUAACACUGAGAAAACUCAGAUGGAAUCCAAUCUAUUCGCAUGGUCCAUUCUAAACGUGGCUGAUAUCGACAGAAAAUACAAAGAAACAGCUUUGAAAACGUUCGCCUUAGCAUGCAAAAACGAUCUAGACCAGAGGGCAUUUGAGUUCAUGGAAAUUAUCGGCAAUCCGCAAAUUUUAAACUUGGGUUUAAAAUACGCCACAAGGUUAGACAAAAGACGCCUGGCUGAAAAACUAACGGAACUUGCAGCUAAGUUAAUUAACGAAGAAGAUGAAACCGAUGUACCAAUCUCGGAAGUUCACACGCCUAAUAAUCAAUCGGUUAUCAAACCUCCAGCUAUAAGAAGACUUACGCUUAGUUCUACUAAAAGGACUGUAAAAAAAAAUGCUAAAACGAAAGACGAGAACGACGGUGGGUCCGUUGUGAAUACUCAGGAGUCUUUAUUCAAUGAAGAAGGUGUUAGUGUUGUUGACAAGACUUUUUCUUCGCAAGGUUCUGAGCCAACCCAACACCGCACCCCCGACAAUCCUUUCUUAAAGAGAGGUCACUCAAAUAAAAUGAACCCAUUGAGUUUAACGGAUACACUCGCCGGCGUAAAUUACGCGAAAAACGAUUUACAGGGCCGCGAUAAAGUAGGCGAGAAAAGAAAACUUGGAGAAACGGAACCGGAAGAACGGAAAGGACAUCAAAAGAAAAUAAAUAAUUUUUUUGUAAAAUGAAAUUGCUUUUAAUUAUAUUGUUAUUUAUAGAAGUAUCUUUUUUAUUUAUGUAGCGUGACAAAUACAUCGUCCCGCAGUUAUUUGUCUUUGUCUAGUUUGUAAAUAAUUUAAUUACUUGCUUUGCUGUUUGAAUAACAAGCU